AUGACUUACGAGCUUGAGACUGGCAUUGCAGCACGCUUGAUUAACGCGGAAUCUGACGAUGAGCAGAUUUUUACUACUCCUCAUACACUUCAGGUGCUAUCCGUUAAACCCAUUGGCGUCAAUGGGCAGUCGGACCGUCAUCGUGUCAUUUUGUCCGACGGGUCUCACUUCAUUCAAGCAAUGCUAGCGACAUCACUCAACUCUAUGGUUUUAGACCAUACUAUCACCAAGAACACUGUGAUUGUAACAGAGAAGAUGUCGUGCAAUUAUGUUCAAGGAAAACGUCUUCUAAUCUUAAUGUCAAUUCGCAUUCUGGGUCAAUGUGAAGAAAAACUCGGCGAUCCUAAGAAUUUGAAAGAAGACAACGACAAAGGCGAAGGGGGCUCAAAACCCUCCUCUACUGUCACCACUCCAGCCGUCCAGAAAGGCCAACCGAGUAGGCCUCAACAACAACAAACAGCACAGACAAAAUCUGGAGGAAAACCCAACUUACACCCUAUUGAAGCAUUGAGUCCAUAUUCCAACAACUGGACUAUCAGAGCCGUAGUCACUCAGAAGUCGGACGUUAGGACGUGGUCUAAUACACGUGGAGAGGGAAAGUUGUUCAACUUCACUCUUGCGGAUGAGUCCGGAGAAAUUCGCGCUACCGCAUUCAAUCAGAUGGUGGAUGAACUUUACGACAGGGUCAAAGAGCAGAAGGUCUACUAUGUCAGCAAGGCCAAAGUGACCUUGGCGAAGAAGAAAUUCAACAAUGUCCAGAAUGAGUAUGAGAUGACUUUGGAGCGCAAUUCCGAAGUGGAAGAGUGCACGGAUGCAUCCAACAUGCCGACCUUGAAAUAUAACUUCAUCCCCUUCAGUGAGCUCGAGAAUCUGGCUCCGGAAGCUAUUUGUGAUGCCAUCGCCAUCGCCAAGGAAGUCGGUGAGUUCGAGGAGUUCACGUCGAACAGAACUCAGCGUCUCACCAAGAAACGGGAUCUGACUCUCGUUGACAAAUCUGGCUACGCUACGCGAUUUACCAUGUGGGGGAAAUUUGCCGAAAACUUCGCGGUAGAACAUGAAAACCCAGUUCUAGCCAUCAAGGGUGCCAGAGUUAGCGAUUUCGGCGGUCGAAGCCUCAGUACCAUCAACACCACACAAGUGUUACAAAAUCCCGAAUUGCCAGAGGCGUUUGCUUUACGUGGUUGGUAUGAUGCUCAGGGUUCUGAGCAUAACUUCCAGUCGCACACAAACGUUGCUUUCGCAGGCAAGACGAGCGGGGGGUUUAACAGGAACUCAGUUGUACCACUGUCGGAGGUCAAAGAGUUUGUGGUAGGAGAAAGCGACAAAGCACAGUUUUUCUCCUCUCGAGCAACCGUGAUGCAUAUCAAAGGGGACAACAUUGCGUAUCCAGCCUGUUCGACGCCGACGUGCAAUAAGAAAGUCGUGCAAAGUGGUGACUCAUGGGGGUGCGAGAAAUGCCAGAAGUCUUAUAAUGAGCCGCAGUGGAGAUUCAUUGUCUCCAUGGCUGUGUCUGACUGCACUGGACAGGAAUGGUUCCAAGGCUUUAACGAUGUCGGAGAGAUGAUUUUUGGAAUGACUGGGAACGAAGUGAUAGCAAUCAGAGAAAACGAUGAAGCACGGUUUAAUACACUGCUGGCACGAUCAAUUGGCCAUACAUUCAACUUCUUUUGUCGUGCAAAAACCGAAAAUUUCAAUGAUACUCUUCGACUUCGUAAGGGCAUCGUGCGUAUAGAAAAGCUGGAUUAUGCAGAAGAGGCGAAGCAUUUAAUUGAGCUUCUUGACUCCCCGUGGGCGAACCAGUGA